UAACGGAAAUGAGUAUGUUAUUUGGUGCGAGGAAGCUAUAAAAUUUAUUACAUAAGCUUGUUCAUGUGUAAACGGAACAAAACGGUCGCCUUUAUUUUAAUGGCUUUUGUCAUGAAUGGACUAUGACUUGCUUUGGUCACUUGGAGCUAACAGCUCGAUAAUGUACCGUAGCUUCAGUAUUUUAUAAAGCAAGUGACCGGCCGGUGCGUCAGUGAGCAGUGAUGGAGUUGUCUCAGAGGGACAGGCUGUCAGAGCUGGUGGAGGAGCUGACCACAUCAGGACGGCCACAACUCAGCGAUGACAAGAUGAAGGAAGUGAAGAAGAUCUGCAAAGUGUCUAAUGACUGCAUAGACCAUGUGUACCACUCAGUGAUGUCCCAGCUCAACCAACAACACGCUGAGAUCCGACUGUCUGCCUUCCAGAUAGCCAGUGAACUUUUCUCCAGGUCGCAUCACUUCAGAACCCUGCUGGUGGACAACUUGCAGGAGUUCUUGGAGUUGACAGUGGAGACUGACUCGGAGCAGCCCCUCCCCCCUCCUAAAGAAGUAGCCAGAAAACUGAGGUCACUGGCCAUCCAGACCGUCCAGUCAUGGCAGGCGUCUUAUGGGACGGCUUAUAAAAAGUUAGCUCUGGGCUAUCACUUUCUCAAACAGGUUAAGAAGGUGGACUUCCAGGAUGCUGAGGCCAGGACAGUCGCAGAGAGGAGGAGGGAGGAGGAGAGACGGAGGAGGAUGGAGGUGAUCUACAAAGAGAGGGUGGAGGCAGCCUCCAAAGACAUGGAGGAGUCAUACCAGGAAAUCGAGACAACCUUGACACAGAUGGAGUCCUGUAUGAGGCUGCUUUUCCCCGAGUUUGGCCUUACAGACAUCCACACGACCAAUAGCAGCCCUCCAAACUCCCAGCCAGCCAAUGAAUCUCCAUCAGCUGAUGAACAGCCCUGCUGCAGCAAAGACUUGAAGGAUGACAGGAGAGAAGGAAUGAUAGAAGAGAGAGAGGAGGGCAGGGGAGAAAUGAAAAGCAAUGACGAGGACAGGAGAGGAAAAGAAGACGAAGAGACAGAGACAGUGCAGAGUGAAGGAGAGGAGGAGGAGGAGGAAGACGAGGACGAUGAAGACGAUGAAAACUUGUUUAUUCGGAACUCUGGGCUCAUCUCUCACUCCUACAGUCUGGACCUGAACCUCAGUCCUGGUCUUCAUGUUAAGGAGACGGAGGAUAACGAGGCAGUGGUUUCCACGGUGAUUGACCUCCACAGACUGAUAAAAACCAAGCACCUGCCAGCUGUGCAGGGCUGGGUUCAGGUUUUCACCAAGUCAGGUGCUGAGCAGCAGCUGUUGAGGAGAGCUCUGGAUCUGAAGACAUCUUUAGAAGCUGCCCUUCAGAAACACAAAGAGCUUCACAUUGAUUACAAGACCAGGGUCCGAAAAGUGAUGAAGGCCUCCUCAGACGGGGAUGAGGACGACGACGAUGAUUUCGAUGAGGUUCCAGAGAAAGAGGGAUACGAGCCUCACAUUCCAGAGCAUCUCCGAGCCGAGUACGGCUUGGAUCCAUGUCCUUCCACCUCAGCAGCACCAGUCACAAAGAAACCUCCAGCUAAAAGACCUGCAGCUCCACCUCCUCCGUCAUCCACCUCCUCCUUCACCAGACGGCUAAAGCGACUUGCAGAAGAGGAGCAGGAUCCAACAUGUGCAGCCGCCACAGUGCGCCUCCUCAGACAGAAACUCCCUCAGCCCGCAGAGCCGAGCAGCAGCUCUUCGGGACCCAGUUCAUCCCAGUCCAGUUCAGACCAGAAGGCAGCUGAUGCUCCUGUAGUUCCCUUUGGCUUGGACCUGUACUACUGGGGCCAGGAGCAGCCCAAUGCUGGCAAGAUCAUCAAGUUGGCCUCUCAGCAUCAGUUCUGGGUUCACGCUGAGGUGGAAGAGGAGGUGGAGAAUAAGGAGCUCCUGGCAGAGAGCAAGAGCAGAUACAUCUCUUUCCCCGGGAAUUUUACUCCUGUCAGCCAUUACUGCAGAGCUCCGCUGGGCAACGGGAGCCUGUGUCAGAGACAAGACCGCCACAAGUGUCCUUUCCACGGCCGGAUCCUUCCUCGAGACGAGCAGGGUCGACCCCUCAGGGAGGAGGACCGACUGAGGGAGGAGCAGGAGGAAAGGAGGAGGCGGGAGGAGCAGCCAGACUGGCGGGAUGCAGAGCUGAUGCGAGACAUCGAGGCAGCAACAGGAGAAAACCUGGGCUCUGAGAGGGUGGGCAAAAAAAGGAAAGGAAAGAAGAAGAAAUACCCCAACCUCAGUGACCUGAAGCAGAGCGCCAACACGUCCCGCUCCCGGCUGGAGAAAAAAGUCUUCAACAAGAGCACCAUGCGAAGAGUCGCUCAGGUGAUGAGUAAAGCUGAUAGUAGAAAACAUGACAAGUUCUCCAACCAGUUCAACUACGCCCUCAACUGACCUCCAGCCGGCUUGAUGUGUUUUUAAAGGAAAUGAGAUGGAAUGAGUUCUUCUUUAGUUCACUGAGACGCACAUGCGGGAUACAGUAUGGAGAGACUGACGUGGCUGAAAAGGUGUUUACGACAUUGUGAAGUGAUGAAUGAUGAAUAUGUGUCAGAAAAUAAAAUGUCAUUCAUGGGCCAAAGUCUUUAAGCUUAAAGGGACAGUUCACGCGAAAAUGAAAAUGA